CCCUGCUCCAUCAUCCUCUCAGUGACCGAACAAGUGAAGAAAUCAUGAAUCAUCAGUGAGGGCCUGAGUCGAAGCUAACAUUGUUUUAAUUACAGACGAUCCCAUACUUGUUCUGUUGCUUACAGUAGUCUGCUUGGAGAAGCUGCUAUUCGAGUAGAAUAUUAAAGUAGUUUGUAUAAACGCGUUAAAACUGGUGGCCUAAUUUUGGGGCUUUGACGUUAGCUAGCUACCAGGCUCUGUUAAACUUGUAAACACUUUUGUAAAAGAUGGCUGACAACGGAGCACACCCGACUGAAGAGGAUCCGGCUGCUGCUUUCCUGGCUCAACAGGAGAGUGAGAUAGCUGGGAUAGAAAAUGACGGUGAGGGCUUUGGGGCGCUGGAAGAAGCGCAGGUUGAGGAGCCGUCUGAGCCUCAGCCUGCAAACUAUGACGAUUUCGAAGAGGCGCCUGCCACAGUAAAUGGGGACAUGUUUCAGGAGUCAAAUGGCCCAACAGACAACUAUGCAGCCAUCGCCCAGGCUGACAUUCAAAGGCAGGAGCCAGAGAGUUUACGCAAGUGGAGGGAGGAACAGAAGACACGCCUUGAGGCAUUAGACUCUGCAUCUAAGGCAGCAGAGGCAGAGUGGAGAGAGAAAGCCAAAAAGGAGCUGGAGGACUGGCAUGUACACCAGAAUGAGCAGAUGGAGAAGAACAAGGCCAACAACAGACUCUGUCCAAGUCUGGCACGAGCAUCAGAGGAGGCUUUCCUGGCAGAGAGCGAUGGCGACACUCCAGGAUCUGAAUGGGAGAGAGUAGCCCGGCUCUGCGACUUUAAUCCCAAAACCAACAAACAGGCAAAGGAUGUUUCUCGAAUGCGUUCGGUCCUCAUCUCUCUCAAACAGACACCUCUAGUCCGCUAGGAGGCGCUGCAGGGCGAGUUUUCUGUUUUAGAAUGAAAUUGCCUUUUUUGGUUUUAACAUCACCUUGCUUCAGAAGUUUUUCUGCUCUUUUCCAUAAAACCCCUGGUGUAUAUUAAUUACCUUUAAAACCUUCCCGCCUUUCUUGAUGCCUAUUACAUAAAAUAAUUUACUUAUCCCUCUCUCUUGUGAGAAGAUGAAGGACUACUCUGUUGUUACAACAUCCUGUAGCAUCUCUGCUAUACUUUAGAAAAUAUUGUUACUGUAAGUUAAACAUUUCCCUUUCCCUUUAACUUAUAAAUUGUUUUAGGCCAAUUUUGUUGCAUGCCUUUCCAAUAUUUUGGUUGCACAAUUUUUAGUUGUUUUAUAAAUAAGCAUUCUUUGUCGAUGUCAGACACUAAUUAAGCACUAUUGCGUAAUAGAUUGUAACCACUUAUGCCUCUCAUCAUUGAAGAAUAACUGUUCAAAUUUGUUGUAUUAUAUCCCUGAUGACCUUAUUUAACGUAGCUAGCAUAUGUUUAUCUUCAAAUGCAUAAAGCUUGUGGCCUUUUUGAUGUAGCUCUUACUCCACUUUUGAGUAUUCACCCUGAUGAAUUUCCUCUUCAAUUAGGCAAGAUUUCAGCAAAAAAUCAACAAAAAAAUCACAACCAAAGAUUUCUGCCAUCAUCUAAAUUUUAAGAUCAUAUUCUUCAAAGCUUGUGCGGUAUCCCAUUUCACAGGUUUUUAAAAAAACAUUUUUUGUUACAACACUGUGCUUUAGCUUUUCUUUUUAAAAGCGGCAUUCAAUAAGGUGUCAAAUUCAAUGGUUAUGUCUGCACAUUGUUUCACGUGUUGCCUAUUUGGACAUAAUGAAUACUGAAAAAAGUGAAUGUUAAAAGGGAACUGAAUAUAAAACGGCCAAGUAAGAUCACCUAAAACAGUUCAUGUUCUUAAAUUUCUUGAUCAGUCGUCCAGUUUAUCCAGGAGAUAAAAUACUGUGUGGCCCUGUGCCAAAAUCCAUGUAUGCCUGAGUGUAACGCAUGCACUCAGGGAGGAAAUAUGUGCUUUGAAAAUGGCAGACUAACUCUGAUUUUAGCACGGAACUGUUACAAACAUUGACAUCAGGGGAUGUUUGAGAAGGAGCACGUUUCCAGCUGCAUAUGUUUUUGUACAACACUAAUCACACUUAAUUGGAAAUGCCUUUGCAUGGGUAAGAUGAUUUCACAAAGUGCUGUCCUGUUACAUAUACCAACAUUUCGUGUAGUCCUGCUCCAGGCUGUCAUCUGAAAUUGACCUUCUUUCGAGUGUGGACUUUUGGGCUCUGUUUUGUGUCUAAAACCUUACUCGCAUUUAGAUCGACUCACCCAGGCCAUUAAUGUAGAAACUGUUCUCACAAUGAAUUUCCCCACUGAUUUUUUAAAAUAAAGGUUGUGCAAGGAGUAGAUAUUCCCUGAA